AGAUUUUGGAGGGACUUGGGAGGCUUUCCUUGCAAUCCCCACUAUCCCCCACUAAGCAACAAGAAAAGGUGUUGUUUUGUUUUGUUAUGACAUGCUUGGAUCAACAGUUUUCUUGAGAAUAGCCCCAAAUUCUGGCCAGCUUUUAUUCUCAUCCACUUCAUGUCCAGACAAAGCUCUGCCUAGUGAGAGAGUGAGAGAACAAAACAAUUUUUUGGAACAGACAGGGAGAGAGAGGGAGGAGGAGGGGCUCUGGAUUUCAGAAAUUCCAUAUUCCUCUGGUCCUAACAAAAAACAACAAAACAAUGACGACAAACACAACCUCGUGCUUUGUCGCCAACGCAGCCAUGGAAAAGUUCUUCAAGACAAGAGCUUUUAUCCCAAUUGGCUCGCUCUGCAAUAAAACCCUAGAUGCUCAGAAGUUUUCUUGGAGUCUUUUCUGGGUUUGUGGCUCAUCAACAUUCCCAGCUCAGUGACGGAUAUCUGCUGCUCCGCUGGAGCACGGAUUCAAGAAGCAAGCAUCCAUCGGCAUUUGAUCCGGUGAGGUCACAUCACUUCAAGGUUCAUCAAUGACGGGUAUGCUUCACGACGAGGGAUCAUCACCCGUAACUUCAUCCCCACUUCAAAUGUUUUCGUUGAUGUCACUUUCUCCCGGCAUAGGAUCACCAUACCCAUUGCUCAGGGAAGUUAGUCCUGAAGACAGGGGUUUGUGGUUGAUCCGUUAUCUUAUUGGCUGCGCUAACCAUGUCGCUGCUGGUAGUGUAGAUAAUGCCAAUAUUUGCCUUGAGCAAAUCUCCCAUCAUGCUUCUCCAGAUGGCGAUACUAUGCAGCGAAUCGCUGCUUACUUCACUGAAGCACUUGCUGACCGGAUACUCAAAGGUUGGCCAGGCCUUCAUAAAGCCCUUAAUUCCACGAAAAUAUCCCCAGUGUCCGAGGAAAUCCUUGUCAAACGAUGGUUUUUUGAGCUUUGCCCCUUCUUGAAGCUCGCAUAUGUAAUCACUAAUCAGGCCAUACUAGAAGCGAUGGAUGGGGAGAAGAUGGUUCACAUUAUCGACCUCAACUCAUUUGAGCCUGCCCAGUGGGUCAAUCUUCUUCAGUCACUAAGUGGUAGGCCAGAAGGCCCACCUCACUUGAGGAUUACAGGUAUCCAUGAACAGAAAGAGGUUUUAGAUCAAAUGGCUCUUCGAUUGAAUGAAGAAGCUGAAAAAUUGGAUAUCCCGUUUCAGUUCAAUCCUGUUGUCUGCAAACUGGAAAAUCUUGAUCUAGAAAGUUUGCGCGUUAAGACUGGUGAAGCACUUGCAAUUAGCUCUGUUCUCCAGCUGCAUACCAUCUUGGCAGCUGAUGAUGAGAUGCAGCGGAGGACCUCGCCUUCUGCAUCCAACAGUUCAAAUUCUAGUCAUCAACAGAGAGCUUUGCAUAUGAAGCAGCGCACUCUAGGAGAGUGGCUUGAGAAAGAUGUGGUCAAUCUAUAUUGCGCUAGUCCUGACUCAGCCUUGGUAUCUUCACCAAAGAUGGGGGGCUUUUUAACUUCCCUUUGGGGAUUGUCGCCUAAGCUAAUGGUGAUUACUGAGCAAGAGUCAAACCAUAAUGGCACCUUAAUGGAGAGAUAUGUGGAAGCAUUGUAUUUCUAUGGUUCCCUGUUUGAUUGUCUGGAGUCUACUGUUCCAAGAGCAUCGGUAGAGCGACAAAAGGUUGAGAAGAUGCUGUUCGGAGAGGAAAUUAAAAAUAUCAUUGCUUGCGAGGGCAUUCAGAGGAAGGAGAGACAUGAGAAGCUUGAAAAGUGGAUUUUGAGGCUUGAGUUAGCUGGGUUCGGAAAGGUGUCCUUAAGUUACAAUGGUUUGUUGCAGGCAGGGAGGUUACUGCAGAACUAUGGUUAUGAUGGGUACACCCUAAAAGAAGAGAAUGGGUGCCUCCUCUUAUGUUGGCACGACCGGCCCCUGUUUUCAGUUUCAGCCUGGAGAUUUAGGAGCAAGCGCCACGGAUAGGAGUUCGUUCCAUGUAUCUGGAAGUCCUGCAAUACACCAGUGUGUGCAGUCCAUAACGUGGAGACCAGUGUAAGUGCUAGGAUGUGCAUCUUUCCUCAGCUGAGAAAGAGUGGUAAUGUCCAGCAAAUGAACAGGUUUUCUGAUGCUACUUAUCACUUCUUUCACCACGUAUGCUGCAGCCGGCAACCCAGCUGGGUAUGUCGAUCCAGUCAUCGGUAGCUUCUCCUUCGAACAGUCCUUCACUCCUGGCUCGUACCAUUCUGUCCCGCUAAACUCAUCAAAUUGUUGAAGCAAUCAGUACACAUUUGACUCUUUGCUUUACUGAAGUUGGAUUGAAAAGAAAAGAACUUACUUGUAGUGAGAGGGUGAAAUUCCUUGAAAGAAGACUCUAGUUUUAAUCGUGUCUACAUCCGAGUCCACCCACUUCGCCCACGUCGUCAAUGCUUUGCGAAAUGCGACCAUCCGAUC